AUGGUAAACGUAUUGGCCAGUGCCUUGCAGUGCAUCAAGAAUGCUGAGAAGCGUGCCAAGCGUCAAGUUCUGUUUCGUCCCUGCUCGAAAGUCAUCAUCAAAUUCCUGACUCUGAUGAAGAAGCACGGCUACAUUGUAGAAUCUGAGAUUGUCGAUGAUUGGUGUCAACCUCACCGGGCGCCGCGCUUCAUUGGGCCGAUCAAUGAUAUUGAGAAAUGGACCAACAAUCUGUUGCCUUUACGCCAGUUCGGCUAUGUAGUGUGGACCACAUCCGGUGGUAUUAUGGAUCACGAGAAGUGCAGAAGAAAGCAUUUGGGAAGCAAGAUCCUUAAGUUCUUUCUCUAA